UGGUCCUGUGGGGAGCAGCAACAGGAUAAUACUGCACCACCUCUCGGGGCCCUUAACAACAACAACAGUUUGGUGUGUCAUGGGCGCUAACACAUGGUGUGUGAUUCUCUUCUUUAACAUCAAUAUAUUAGUGAUGCAGAUUACAUGAACUGAAAUAGAUUGAAGUCAGUAUAAUGGGCAAGUUUCUUUCUCAAGUAGACAGUGAGGCUUCAGAAACUCCCAUGUUAGACAUUUUGAAGGGAAAGAAGAAAAAGAAGAAGAAAAAGGUGAAGAAAUUUGAAGAAUCAGAAUACACAACCUAUGAAAACCUACAACCUGAAGCUGCGGAGUUAUUGCUGAAAAAGAAGAAAAGGAAGCAUGAAGAAAACUGGGAGAUUACUAACUUAAGCAUGGACAGCCAAGAUGAUGAUGAAGCAGAGAACCAGAUAAUGGAAAGAGCAGUUAAAGAAAAGACGAAGAAAGAGAAGAAACCCAGGUUGGAAAAUGAGGUGCAAGAAGAAAAUGCUGGAUUUAUAAAACCUGAAGAAUGUAAAGAAAAGAUGAAGCAAUCUGAAGUUUCUCUGCCCCAGACCCCAGUCACAACUCAUGUCACAACUCCAAAAAAGCGUCCACUUGACAAAGAAAGUACAUCAAAAAAGAAGAAACGCAGAAGUCUUGAUUUAUCAAACGAGGAAAUGAACAUAGGGCCUGACGAGGAUGCUGGGAAGGAUGAGAUUUUAGAGUCUCCAAGUUGGAUGAAAGAUGACGAGUUACAGCUUCUAAAUAACAUGAAGGCACAAUUACCCCGGAAGGAUAAAAUGAGUUACCGCACAAGACUCAAAGACUUCAAUUGGGAAAAUGCAGCAUUUGGGAAUUUUACAGCUGGUGACUGUAAAAGUCAUUUUAAAAAAAUUUUAACAGGGAUUAAAUCGGUGAAGACACUCACCAUAGUUUUGGAUGAGGUUACAGAAAACCUGCCAAAACUCAACUUUAACAAGAGGAAAAUCUUGUUACCUAUUCAUCGUUUCAUGAGAGAGACUUUGGAUAGUCAUAAGAAGCAAUUCACCAAUGGGGAUUGUAGUUUUGUAAAUCUGUCUAAAGCUUGGAAAAAUUUGCCUGAGGAAGAAAAAGACUUGUAUAGAAAGCCAUAUAAAAAGGAGCUUGCGGAAGAGCGUGCAAGGUUACUUUCGAAAUCUUCACGUAGAAUUAAAAUGGGAGAGCAGGGUCCAGUUGACCUUCCUAGAUCACCACUUCAGAUCUGGAUUGCUGAGGAAAAGAAACAGCCAAACAAAGAAGCUGUGACAUGUAAAGAAUGGAAACAGAAGUUCCAGAAUCUUGAGAAGGAAGAAAAGUUGAAGCAUAUCAUUACUUCACUCAAAGAAUUUUAUGAGUAUAAGAAAAGUGCAGAUGAAUACAAGGAGAAAAAUCCUGAUUUUAAAUUUCCCAUCAUUCACAGUCCUAUCAAAAGUGAUAUACAGCUCUUCCUUGAAUACAGGGGAAUGCCAAUGCCUCCUCCCACCAGACCUAGCAUGAUACUUUAUCAUGAACUCCGGAAGGCUGGAGAGUUGGACCAGAUUUCAGGUUCAGAGAAGCUCAUGGUGGCUAUGGAGAGGUACAAAAACCUGCCCUCUUCAAGAAAACUAAAUUACAAAUCUAUACUACAUAAGAAAAUGGAGGAGUACAGAAUGCAGAUGCAUGCCUGGGAAGAGAAUCAAGACGAGUUAACAUUGUUUAUGAGAGCAAGACUACUUGGAGAUAAAAUUAAGAAAACCGCCCCAUCUGCAAGUACCCAUCAUAAACUGUUAAAACCAUCAGAAACAUUUGAAAAUGUGAUUAAAUGUGAAAUGUCCAUCCCAAAGUUUCUUGAUGGACCAUGCAAACCUCCCAAGAGCCCUUUUAUGCUCUUCUUUAUGAGGAUAAAACAUUUGGCUCAAGAUCAAUAUGAAUCGCAGUCCCAGAUCAAAAAUGCAUGUUUAAAAGAAUGGAAAAACCUGUCCAAGGAUGAGAAGCAAAGAUAUACUGAACGUUGUGAAGAACUUAAGGAAAAAUAUGCAGAACAAAUAUUACAGUAUGUGGAAAACAUGAACAAAAAUUUACGUAGAUUGUAUCUUGGCGUUCAUCGCAAGACAUUGUUUACAUUCUUUCAACGUGAUAUAUUUGAAGAAGUGUAUCCUAAUAAAAAGUAUCCUGUUUAUUUGUUACACCCACGGAAGCGGAAAACAAGUGAGGAUAAUUUCUCCGGAGAACUGAGCGAUGACGACUUUACUGCCGAUUCUUUAUCUGGCAAGAACAAUAAUAAAAAUGUUGAGUUUAAAAAGAAAAAGAAUGAGAACAAAAGUGAUUCUUUGCAGUCUAAAGAUAAGUUAUCCAGUGAUGGUUAUGUGAAAUCAAAGGCAGUGAAAGGUACAAGUCAUAGUGACAUUGCAAAAUCAGAAAAAGGCAAAGAAACAUCUGCACCAACUUUUUCACUGUUUGAAAAUAAAGUAAAUUACUUAGGAACUAAAGAAAUUCUUGAUUCAUUCUCUAGUGAUGACGAUCAGAGAAUACAAGAAAAUAUAAAAACAUUUGAGGAAGAAAGUACGAAAACUGACAGUGACUCUGAAUGUGACAUUGAACCCAGCCAGUCACCUUACAAAGGCUCAGCCGAAGCCUCAUUGACCACCACACCAAAUAAACUGGAAUCUGAUGACUCGAGCAGCAGUGAUGGUUACUCAGAUACAGAUGUUAUGCCAGCCUGGAAGACUACAAAAUCUAUCAGAAAGAAAGUAUGAAAGUAAGCUUGAUUAUUGCCUCCAUUAUUAAAAAAUUGUCUUGGUAGAAAAUAAACAGUCGAUAUUUGAUUGUCCACAAGAAUGGUGAUUUCCUUUGGUUAAAAUAAAAAUUCCAAGUGAUCAAU